UCACUCCAGGACAUCUGGACUGAAACCAGAUUGGAAGCAGGGUACAGACCAAGACUAAACCAGGUAUAAAAUAGGAUCCAGACCAGGGCUAACCCAGAAAACUAAGGAAACCAUUAUUGGGGCAAAUGAGUAUCUAACUAGGCCUAACUACCCACCUAAAGGUUAUUUGUAACAGUGUCAACAAGGACUAAAUCAGGACUUCAAUCGGGAUCUAAACUGGUAUUGGGCCAGGUCUUGGGUCCUUGGGAGGUCUUGCAGGAUGUUGGGGGUCUUGGUGAAGAUCAUGGCACUGCUCAUCUUCGGAGGGAUGUGCAGUAGAACAGAUGCACAAGACCGAACGUUCCUGGUGGCUGCUCCUCUCUCCUUCAGGUUGGAUGCUAUGGAGAAAGUGGUAUUGCAGUUGUUUGGUUUCUCAGACCCGGUGACGGUGUAUGUGUUUGUGAGGAAGACCAUGGCUGACUUACCCAUUCUGCGGCAACAAGUGACCCUCAAGGCCAGUGACCAGCACAUGGGGGAAGUGCAGUUUCGGCUGUUUCCGGAGCAGGUAGAAAGCACCAUGCACCAUGUGAUCCUCCACGUCCAAUCAGAAAGUUUCAACCAACACGUCUCUAUGCCCCUGAGCCGCACCAAUGGCUUCCUGCUGGUUCAGACAGACAAGCCGUUGUACACACCCCAGGAGAAAGUGAAGGUGAGGGCCUUUUCUCUGAACCAGGAGCUGAGACCUGCUGUCCGUAGUGUCUUCCUCACAUUCAGGGAUCCCGACUAUGAGAAGGUGGAUGUGGUGGAGGUGAAGGAUGCCAGUAAUGGGAUGCCAUCACUGACCAACCCUUUCAGAAUCCCCAUCAACCCCAAGUUGGGAGUCUGGACGAUUGAGGCGUCGUACAUGGAGCACUUUGACACAAAAGCCAGUACCGCAUUUGAAGUCCGAGAAUACGUGCUACCAAGCUUCACGAUCCUGAUCGAGCCCGAAUACAGCUACGUCAGCCACAACAAUUUCCAACACUUCACUUUCAAAGUGUCUGCCAAAUAUCUUCACGGCGCUCCUGUAGCUGAGGGGGAGAUGUUCCUUCGUUAUGGUUAUGCAAGCUUGAUGUCUUCUCCGGUGAUCAUCCCCAGCUCUGUCACAAGAAACAUACUGUCGCCUGAAGGAGAGCUGGAGGUCACUGUGGACCUACAGAGGGUCUUCUCCAAACACACACAAGAAGACCACAGGACUGUGGGUGAGCUCAAGGACAAGUACCUGUACAUCGCUGUGCUGCUCCGUGAGAAAACCGGGGGCAUCAGUCAGGAGGCAGAGCUAAGGUCAGUGAAGUUUGUUCAGAGUCCAUACACUCUGGGUUUGGUCUCCACCCCACCCUUCAUCAAACCAGGACUGCCCUACAAUAUUCAGGUGCUGGUGAAGGACCACAUAGGGGCACCAGUGAGCGGGGUGCCUGUGCGUUUAGUGGAGAAACAGAUGCACAGGUCUGGCAGGCUUCCAGAGGAGCCAUACUGUACAGACAAGGCCACCAGUCGCUCUGAGGGCAUCGCACUCUUCAUCUGCAACAUCCAGAUGGGGGUGCUCUCUAUUGACCUGCAGUUUGCCACAGAUGACCCUUUACUCCGAUCAGAAAGCCAGGCAUCUCUCCUCCUGAAGGCUCAAUCCUAUGAGUCUCCAAACGCCCGCUACCUGUACAUCGACCCCUCCCCCAUCCAGACCGUCAUAGGGAGCUACACACAAAUCCCUGUCUACUCUGUGGCCGCGCCCUACCUGUCUGUCAAGUCUCUCAACUACCUGAUCAUGUCGAAGGGUAAAAUUGUGAAGUACGGCUCGAUGCCAUUUGGCGAGAAGCUGGAGAACAGGCACACACUGAACUUCCAAGUGACUGCGGAGAUGGUGCCCUCUAUCAGGCUCCUAGUUUACUACAUGCCAUACGGAGAGCAGACCACAGAGCUGGUGGCUGACGCAGUGUGGCUCAACAUACAGGGGGAGUGUGUUAAUGGACUGCAGACGGAGAUGAAGACCCAAACAACAGACUACAAACCUCAGCAGAACCUGGAGAUGCAGGUAAAGGUCAAUCAGGACGGGCAUAUCGCCAUGGUAGCAGUGGACAAGGCCAUCUAUUCCCUACUCCCCAACUACAAGGAUCCUGUCAAAAGGGUUCUCCAUCACUUUGAGAGUGCAGACCAGGGCUGUGGAGGAGGCGGGGGGAAGAACGCUGCAGAUGUCUUCAAACUGGCAGGACUGAGCUUCAUGACCAAUGCAAACUCUGGCCAAUCGUCAUCUGCUGAGCCGUGCACUGCUAUGGUCCGACCCAAACGAGCCAUUACUGAGGAGCAAAAAAAAAAAAUAUUGGCCAAAUACAAACAUCCAGCGGUACAAGACUGCUGUCUGCAGGGAAUGAAUAACAUUCCCACCUUUGAAACUUGUGCACAGUCUGCAGAGAGUAGGUAUAACGCACAAUAUCGCAAUUGUCGUGCUGCCUUCACGGACUGCUGCCUCUACAUUCAGAAAACCAUCAACCAAGAAUACAUCCUGGGCAGGGCAGAACUGGGAGGAGAUUUUGAAAAAGUCCCAACUCUGGUGAGGAGCUCAUUCCCAGAGAGCUGGCUGUGGCAGGUCCGAAGGAUCACUCGUGGGUCUAUGUCUCUGUUUGAGAAGCUGCCUGACUCGUUGACGACUUGGCACAUAAAAACUGUGGGGAUGUUUGACAAUGGUAUUUGCAUUGCCAAAGCAGCUGAGGUGUCAGUGAACCUGCCCCUGUCUGUGGACGUGCCCCUGCCAUAUCAGAUCGUGAGAGGAGAACAGGUGGAGCUGAAAGGCUCUGUGUACAACCAGCUCAACUACGGAAUCAGGUUCUGCGUCACCCUGACCGUAGGGCCGGAGCUGUGUCUGGCGGGCUCGCAGGCUGCGUCAGAUGGCUCCAAGAAACGUUCUACCUCAUGCAAGGCAAGCCAGCUCUCUGGUCGUGGUGUAGGGGAUGUGAGCUUCACUCUGAUGGCGCUGGAGGCUGGCUCAUACACCCUCACAUUCACUCUGUAUGAGGGGCACAUUGACAGGCCCUAUGCCCACCUGUUGCCCCGUGAUAUUGUGGUAAAAACUCUCACUGUGGUGCCUGAGGGGGUGCUGAAGGAGGAGAUGGUGGGAGGACGCCUGGAUCCUCAAGGACUCUACGGUUCGUCGAAGCUGAAGGUGGAGCUGAAGAGCGCCCUGCCUCAGAACAUUGUCCCCAACACUGAGGUCCGGAGGGAGCUCACCAUCAAUGGUGAGAUCCUGGAUGACUUUGUGUCAGUGGUGGACAACCCAGCUGGCCUGAAGAAGCUUCUGUCUCUGCAAGACGGGUCGGCUGUGUCGGAGCUGGGUGGGGUGCUGCCUCUGCUCUACGUGUACCAGUACCUGGAGACCACGGGACACUGGCACAUUCUGGGACCUGACGACCAGAAGAGCUCCGAGCAGCUCAAGACCCGCAUCAGACAGGGUCUAGCUGGAGUGAAUUCAUUCAGAAAAAAAGACUUCAGCUACAGCAUGUUUAUGAAGAAAGAGACCAGCACCUGGGUGACAGCUCUGGCUGUGCAUACUUUGUCAGUGGUGAACAACAUAUUUCAGGUGGAUCACGAAUCUUUGGGCAACUCUGUGAACUGGUUAAUCCACAAUGCCCAGAAACCAGAUGGCUCCUUUCAAGACACAUCCCUCUACAAACCCAACAGGAUCAUGGCCCUUCCUCAAGACAAUGUGGAAAGGUCUGUUUACCUCACAUCCUUUGUGAUCAUCGCCCUCCACAAAGCAACAAGGAUUCAAGCGAAAGGAUUGAAUCUCAAGAACCAGGAGCUUAGUAUUGAGUCGGCGAUGAAGUUUGUCCAUGAGAAAAUAAGGGAUAUACAGAAAGUCUAUGUGCUGUCUGUAGCAGUCUACGCCUCCACGCUGCACAACCCUGGCAGCGCCACCACCAGCCAGCUGCUCACCCGCCUUGAGACACUUGCCAGGUCAAAGGGAAACCCCGCUGAACUGAGGUACUGGCAGGAACCCCGGGUGCAGACAGAGUGGCUCAGACCAGACCAGAGCAGCGCCUUUACGGUGGAGACCACAGCCUACGCCCUGCUUAGCUUCCUGAACAUGGGCAGGUUCCAGUACUGUAACCCGAUCGUGACAUGGCUCACCCAGGACCAGCACUAUGGAGGAGGCUACUUCAGCUUGCAGGACACCCUGAUGACCCUGGAGGCGGUGACGGUGUACUCUGACAGAGUGCCCAGAGCAGAACUGGACCAGAACAUCCGGAUCCGCUUCAGCCGUGCCUCUAACCUGGACCAAGAAGUCCAUCUGAGCAAGAGGGCACCUGUUGCCUCGCCCAUACAGAUAACUAAGAACAGUGAAGUGACUGCUACCACAGCCUUUGGUCGUGGAGUCUCUCAUGUGAAGUUGAAGACGAUCUAUUACCAGACAGUCCCUCCUCAGGAAAACUGCAACUUCAACAUCAAAAUGGAGCUCCUCAAAUCAGGCAACAGUGAUGGCAGCUUGAGCUUUCCUCACCUGGUCGCCUGUGCACAAUACAAGCCGCCCCCUAACGAGGAGGUAGCGGAGUCUCUGCUCACAGUGAUGGAGAUCCAGCUGCCCACUGGCAUCGAGCCCUUUCUUGAAGACCUCCGACCUCUCAUGGACAUGGACAACCCCAUUGUUGCCUCCUACAGGAUGAACGGGAGAACUGUGCUCAUAAACAUCUAUGCUGUGCCCUCAGAUCGGUUUAUGUGUGUGGGGUUCCGGAUCAGAACUGCGUUUGUGGUGGGAGGAACCAGUGAUACGGUCUUCACUGUGUACGAGGAGCAGGACCAAGCGUCUAAAUGUAUAAAGCUCGUGUCGGAUCAGGAGCAGAAGAUCCACAGGCUUUGUCAGUUUGACCAGUGCCAAUGCGUCAGUGCCAUCUGCUCACCCUUCAGAGGAACUAUAGACCCCUCCAUCACCCAAGAAAAGCUCAACCAGGAGAUCUGCCACCCGGGGGUCAAAUACGCCUACAAAGUGAAGGUGACCAACAUCAUGCCAGAGGGAGACUUUCUGACCCACACAGUCACCAUACAAGAGGUCAUCAAAAGCAAAGAAGAGUUUGAAGCAGUGCGUGCAAGGACUGAGGUGGACUUUAUAAAGAAAGCCACCUGUAACACUGUGGACCUUCAGAAGGACCAGCAGUACCUCAUCUCCGGGUCCUCUGGCCUUGAGGUGGUCAACAACCAGGACUACAGGUUUCGGUUCCCCCUGGACUCCGACACUCUGAUCCAGGUGUGGCCUUUAGACUGUGGGGAAGAGUGUGUGGAGCUGGUCAAGUUCAGCCUGUUGACUCAGAUCUACGACUGCUAGUGUCUCCUCCUCUGGUCCUCCUUCUCUUCUCUGGUCCUCCUCCUCCUUUGGUCCUCCUCCUCUGGUCCUCCUACUCUGGUCCUUCUCCUCCUCUGAUCUUCUCCUCCUCUGGUCCUCUUCUCUUCUAGUCCUCCUCUCCUAUGGCCCUCCUCCCCUCUGGUCCUCCUCCUUUUCCUCUUGUCCUCCCCCUCUGGUCCUCCUCUUCUCUGGCCUUCCUUCUCCUCUGGUCUUCCUCCUCUCCUCUGGUCCUCCUCAGGACUAUACCAAGACUACUAUAUCAGGAGUAAAACCCUUCAUGUAAUGCUGUAACAUUCUAAGAGAAAGCCAUACUGUGGAACAUUCUAGGCAAUAGCAAUAACAUCACAGUGAAGACGAGCAGGUGUUCGACCCUCCAUUAGAAAAAUUACAUAUUGCACCUUUAAUAUCUUAGUUAGUCACAAACAUAAGCCAAAAAUUGUACUCAAGUAAGAGUAAGGUUACUUUAGAAUUUUAUAAUAUUUUACUCAAAUAGUAAGAAAAAGUAGUGGUACAUGAAAUCACUCAAAACUCAAAAAGAAGUAUUUGGUGAAACUACUACUCAGUAAAAGUAACUGUAAGAGUCAAAUCUGGUAUUUUCAAAGGAUAGACACAAAAAUGAGCCAAACUAAGUCAUAUCUGAAGCAAGAGACACAAACGUUCACGUCAUUUCAUAUUGUCAACAUAAAGCUCAAGUCACUUGUAAUAGUCUUACUCAUAUUACUCACAGUGGGAAGAGGACCCACCACUUUUACUCAAGUAAGAGUGCUGUUACAAAUAUAUUAAUCAAGUAAGAGUAAACGUAUGGUGUCUGGAAACGAAGAACACAUUUUUCAAAAAGCUACUCAAGUAAAUGUAGCUGAGUACUACCCACUUCUCUUCACAACAUUAUCAAUACUUGGCCAACACAACUUCAUAUUCACUGCUUCUCUGUGGAGAGUUAGAUACACUUACUAACAUGGAGAGAGGAACAGAAUCACAUUGAAUAGCUACAUGACAACAUUAAGGCAACUUUGUACCAGCCUACAGACCAGGAAAAUGCUACAAACUGUUAAUAAAACAUUUUGUGAAUAAACCCAUAAUUUUGU